UUGGGCUCACUGACGUGUGCGCCGGCACGAUCGCCGGUCCAACCACUUGAAAAUUUAAACGGUACCCCAAAAAAUUCCAUUGAGGAGUCGAGGGGUGAAUGAAUAACGUCUUCGGCAGAUACAGGACAAGAAGAUAGAGCGGUUCAACAGCGCAAUUCGAAUCUCAACGCUCUUCACCGAGGUGGAAGUAUUAAGAUAGGUGCUCAUCUCCGCCCUGAUAUUAUGUAAUUGGUUUAUGGAAGCACCUAUUAGAUAAUAGGUAACUUCCUCUCAUACCAAGCGGCAUGUCCAUGGUACAAGAUAAUGAAGGUUUCCUUGCACGGAUUAGAAAGGUUUUUGCGGUCCUCGGGUUUGUUUACCUGUUGGCAGUCAUCCUUCUUGCAGUGCCCUGGAUUCAGUCCCACAUCCUGUACAUGAACGCCUUGAAGCUACCUUGGAAUGCAAAUUUUGAUGCACCGGAAAGGCAUGGUCUUGCACCUGGAAAAACGGCGAAUAUCAAGAUUCAAACCCCAGAUAAUCACACUCUUGGGGCAUGGUUCAUCCUAUCAGACGCGGUAUAUCACGAGCUGCCCUUUCCACCGCCUUCACACGCUGCGGAAUUGCACAUCUCAGAGGCCGUGGCACGACGCCCGACUGUGCUCUUUUUCCACGGCAACGCCGCGACGCGGGCUCUAAGCAUGCGCAUCCGCCUAUAUUCUGCGUUUACCGCGCGUCUGAACACGAAUGUCCUGGCAAUAGAUUAUCGUGGAUUCGGGGAUAGUCCAGGCACGCCUACAGAGGACGGUUUGUCGACAGAUGCAAGAGCUGCAUGGGAUUGGCUGAUUGCACAAGGUGCUUCACCGCAAGAUGUUCUUAUAGUCGGGCACAGCUUGGGAACUGCAGUGGCGUCGACCCUUUCUGUCAGCCUCUCCGAAGAUGGCGUAAAGUUCAGAGGGACUGUUCUCAUGUCUCCUUUCUCGUCGCUCUACACCUUACUAGAUACCUACCAUAUUUUUGGUCUAUUUCCUGUCAUGUUACCCAUCAACAUGAUACCUCGAGCCGCCAAUGUUUAUAAGAGUUUUCUCGUCCACAAGUUCGACACUUUGUCGGUGAUAUCGAAAGUCAAGGUACCACUAUUAAUACUACACGCGGAGGAUGAUUGGGAUAUCUCGCACACGCACUCCGACGCUUUGUUUGAUGCACUCCUGGAACCAUAUCUCCCUCCCGUCUAUUCCCCGCCAGAAAGCCAAGAGUCGUGGUCGAAACAGCAGUGGAACGAGUACCAUUCUCAACUGGUCACGCGGAGGGAAAUGCGCGAGUCGUUACUGACCCGUACCGUCAUCCCCAACUUCGGGUUGAUGGAUCAGUUCGAGGGCUUUGGGGAGCGAAUAGUUCUCCUCAAAACUUCCACUGGUUCUCACAACGAAGUUGGUACUCUUGAGGGUGUUCAGGACGUGAUACGCGUGACGUUCUUCACACCCGAAAACUUGCAUUGACAGGAGGUUUUCGAACGGUCCGCACCAAGCUCCAGCGCACAGAGGAGAGUGACUGAUAGUCUAUUACCUAAAGUCGUUGCAAAAACCUAGGGAUGUGAGGUAGUCGCAUCAUAGCGUACCAGACAAUGCUUGUCCGGUUAUAAGUCAAUCACUCAGGGGCUUCUUCAGAUCAGGAAGCUUGUAGAGACUGCAGAAAGUCAUACAUAAAUCAUAGACAUACGAGUUUAAGAACAACACGUUCUGAACACACAGCUGAACCCCUCGCAAACCGAUGACUAGGUUUCUGCCUGGCUCAAUACACGCUCAGCAUCCAGUGCUAGAUGCAGGUCGUGCUCUAAUUCCUCCUAAUCAUGUAUGGUCAACAGUGAGG